GCAAGCCGUGCACCCAUAGUGCAAGUUAGCAAAUCUGGUCUAGGAGAUAUAUAAAAAUCUGCGUAGAGCAGGCUGUGUCUUUAUCAUCCCCCGAGCCGGCGCAUGUUAGCACGGGAACCGAAAUCUUUUUCUUCUACGCGUUAAGAAUUUCAUUCUUUCUGAAUUGUGAUUACAAUCGGCAAUCUUUGAUUGAUCUGUUCUUCCCGUCUCUCGAUCCAUCGAAUCCCUUCGCUCCUCCCCCUCGGAAAUCAAUCGACUAACGAACAGGGUAGAUCUAUGGCAUAACAAUAGAGAUUGUCUUAAUUGCAUCCUUUGUCUCCCCUCCCCCAUUUCUCCUUCCCUAGAGCAAUAUGUAUCCGGAGAAGAAACCAAGAAGCAUUGCGGAUAUAGUCAAUAUGAGACAUUCUCCUUCACUGGUAGACCUUUGUGUUAGAACAGCAAUAGAUAAUGUAAGGUACCUUGGAGAUGUUGGUGAGACAGACACACAUUUACUUGAACGGAUUCUACCGCAUUGUACAAUUGAUCAAUUAUUGCAUGUGGAAACGAGUACAAAAGGAAGGGAUCUUAGUCCGGUAACUGAUAAACUAUGGAAGAAUUUCUAUGAGCUGCAGUUUGGUCGUGAUAGUAUGAAAGUUGUAAUUGAGAGGAUGAAACGAAAGAAAGUCUCAUUUAGAUGGAGACAGUUGUAUGAGGCAAAAUUGAAGGAUGUUCAAGAGGCUGAGAACAAAGCAAUUGAUCGGCUGAGACAAUUAUACAAGAAAGAAGAUGCCCGAAAACAAAGCCGGCAGGUUCAGCUUUGCACCAAGGUUCCACCUUCAAGCAAAAGAAGCUUCUUUUCUGGGAGUGGACCUGGCUGCAGUUUCUCCAAUAAGAGCAACAUAAUGAAGAAAGCGAAGAUAGAUUUUAUGAAGAGUCAGGAAGUGAAAAAUCUUGCAGCCAUUAAGAAAAAAGCAGUGCAGAGUCAUCCUAGUGGUUCCGCUGUAACGAAGUCAAGUGGGUUUUGUGGAAAGAAUUCUGCUUCAAUAUCAAAGCAUGCCAAACCUUUAGAGAGGAGAUUUUAGAAGCAUGUUUGUAAAAGUUUAAGAGCAGUCCCAAAAAAGGUUCUGCUGCCUCUCUUUUUCAUCUAUCUUUGUAAUGUUUGGAAAGUAAUAAGGGACCGAUUUGUGACUUUAUAAACAUAAUUUUGCAUAAUGCAAUUAUAUAUAAGGUUUUUGC